UUUUGUUUACAAAGGAUUUUAAUCAAUUCUUUUUAAUUAAAUUCUGACAACUUGUUCUCUUCGUUUUCAAUUCUCAUCUUUAAAGUCUAUAAUUUUGUGCUUAUCGUGAUUAGUAUUCAGGUGGUUUAUUUAUGUUGAUUCGAUAUGCAGGAAUUGGGUAAACACGGAGAAGCGAUUAUGUCAAGUCAGGGGAACAUUUUCAUGAAAGGAGGUCCGAGUCAAUAUGUGAAGCUCAAUGUUGGUGGAUCUUUGUACCAAACGACAAUCGGAACUCUCACAAAGGCCGAUAGUAUGUUGAGGGCCAUGUUUUCUGGGCGAUUGGGUGUCCACACUGAUUCAGAAGGUUGGGUACUCAUUGAUAGAAGUGGUAAACACUUUGGAACUAUUUUGGAAUUUCUCCGUGAUGGUUCUGCUCCUUUACCCGAUAAUGGAAGAGAUAUUCAGGAAUUACUGGCUGAAGCAAAAUAUUAUCUAAUUCAGGAGCUGAUUGACUCGUGCGAAUCCAUGUUAGCGAGAUCGAAAGAGAGCAAUCGAACUGAACCAAUUUGUAGAGUUCCAUUGAUAACAUCAUCAAAAGAAGAAACCAUGUUGAUCAAUAAUUCAACUAAACCCGUUGUUAAACUUUUGAUCAAUCGUCACAAUAACAAAUAUUCCUACACAAGUACAUCAGAUGACAAUUUCCUCAAGAAUUUGGAAUUAUUCGAUAAAUUGUGUUUAAGGUUCAGUGGUCGAGUUCUUUUCAUCAAAGAUGUAAUCGGUACCAGUGAAAUUUGCUGCUGGUCAUUUUUCGGUCACGGGAAAAAGGUCGCCGAAGUUUGUUGUCACUCUAUUCUCUAUGCUCCUGAUAGGAAACAUACUAAGGUCGAGUUUCCUGAAGCUCGAAUAUACGAAGAGACGUUAAAUGUUCUAAUGUAUGAAAACCUCUCAGUCCCUGACAUGGAAUUGAUGCAGGCAACGAGUAGCCGAGGGGCAGUUUCUCGAAACUACACCAGCGAUGAUGAAGAUGAGGUUGCUAGGAAAACAUCAGUUCCAUCACAGAAUCAAACCAAAGAUCAUCAUCUCAAAUCGAGAAACAGUAAACAGUAAAUUUGUUUAUCAUUCUCAUGGGAAAAUCUAAGAAUUGGUGCCAAACAUCAUUCAAUUGUUUCGCUUAUCCAUGGAUAUUUUAAUCGAUAUUUUCUGUGCUCGUUUCUCUUUCAUUCUCUUUCCUCAUUUUUAAUCUCUUAAGUUCAUACAGCUGAUUAAUUGAACAUCUACUGAAUUCAUUCAAGUUAAUUUGCAUUCCUUGUCUGACCAAAAAUCGGUUUGUUUCAUUAACUUUGCUUGGAACAAUUAAUGUGGACAAUUUGUGAAUGAAUGAAAAUUAGUCUUUCACAAUCAUCUUGUUUAUUUUAAAUAGACAUUUAAUUUUGCAAGAGCAAUUUGAUAAUUUAAUUAAAUCAACAAUACAAUGUAUCACCUAAUUUAACUGAAUGUACAAUAUCCAUCUUAAUUGUGAAAACCUUGUUGAAGUGGCAAUUGCAUUAUAUUAAUAUAUUAAUGUACAAUUUACAAUGUUAUAGUUUAAUCACAAUCAGUGUUAAUAGACUUAAUAAACCAAAGACUUAAUCACUGACCAGGUAACAAUGAAUUAACAAAAUUAAUGUAUUGAUAAACAUGGUGAUAAAUACAAAUAAAGACAAUUGGUUUCAUUUAACUAA